UGAAUUGAAUAAUAUAAACAACGAUUUAUUUGAAGUUUAUCUAAAAAUCUAUCAAUCCAUUCAUAUUUUCAACUGAACCUGAAUCAAUUAAUUCAUUUUACACUUUUUUAUUAUAUUUUUAACCUAUCUAAUCUAGUUAAAAUAACUUUUUGCAUUUGUGUUCCAGUUUGAAAAUCAUUAAAACUCCCGCUUUGUUUCAUUAUGCAGCUCCACCUAAACUAAAAUUGGCUCUCUUUUUUGCCAAUGUAGGUUUUUGUCCUAUUAUUUAUUUUCAAAGCGUUAGUCUUUGUCAUCGUCUUCGUGUUAAAGUUUUUUCUUAUUCUUGGAAUGGCUAAUCAUUGCGAAUCCCCUUACCUAGCAUCCAUCGAGAAUCGAAGGAUUGCUAAACCAGUACUAUCCUUUUCUCGACGUCUUUUAAUAAAAGAUGAAAAUGAAGUUAACACCAAUGUUAUUCGUCGUGUAUCGCUUAAAAGAUCUGACACAUCGGCCAUGUCUCCCUCCGUUCUUGGCUUGGCUAAUAAAAAAUGUCGAAUGACCCCUGUGCGACAGUGUGCCAUCAAUAAGAAUGUAGUUAACAUUCCAUCUUCAAUUCCAGUUGCUCAACCUAAAACGGAAAAUGUUGAAAAAUCACCCACCAAACUAAAAGAAAGUGAAGCCAAAAUUAUGAAAGCUGUCCAAAUCUCAGAACAAGAUCCAGAUUUAAUUGGAGAUUUUAGUCAACAAUAUGCUUUACCUGUUUGUCUUGGAAAACAUAGUGAUCUCAAAACAAUUACCCCCGAAACCCUUGCCGCUCUCUUACGUGGACAGUACAAAAACAUUAUCGACAACCACACCAUUAUAGACGGAAGAUAUCCAUAUGAAUUUAAAGGUGGUCAUAUCAUUGGAGCCAAAAAUAUUUACAAUAAAAGUAUGCUGCUAAGUGAACUUUUGGAUAAUCAACAAGAGAACAUUGAUGCAAACAAAGAUGGUAAAAGAAAUCGUCAUAUUUUGAUUUUCCAUUGUGAAUUUUCAUCAGAACGUGGUCCUAGUUUAUUAAGAUUUUUGAGAAACAAAGACCGAGAGUAUAAUCUUUCUCGUUACCCUUGCCUUUUUCAUCCUGAAAUUUACAUAUUGGACGGCGGUUACAAAGCCUUUUACGAAAAAUUUAAGGAACUUUGUGUACCACAAAACUAUUUACCUAUGCUUUCUAAAGAGCACAAAGAAGAAAUGAGACAGUUUCGCAACAAAAAUAAAAGCUCUAAUGCUUAGCUAGCCAGAAUUUUUUUUGCUUUAACAUAUUGAAAUUUUCUACCUUAUGUUUUAUCUGUAUCUCGUGGAAAACACAGUGAUCUGAAUAUCUUCUUGCUCUUCUGGUCUUGGUCAAUUUUAAAAAAUAAUCAUCAACCACACCAUCAUAGACGGAAGAUAUCCAUUUGAAAUUUAAAGGUGGUCAUAUUGAAGUAAAAAAUAUCUACUUGAAGGUAUCAUUACUUUGUCGUUUGUUUCGAUAAUCAACAAGAGAACAAAGAUGGCAAAAAUAUCGUCAUAUACUGGAGUUCAAUUGUGAAUUUUCAUCAGAACGUGGUCCUAGUUUAUCAAGAAUUUUGUGAAACAAAGAUUGAGAUCGCAAUAUUUAUCGUUAACCUAUUCUUUUCCCACCCUGAUAAAUGAAUAGCGAUUGCUAAGUUUUUAAAGAAGUUUGAUUAACUUUGUACACCACAAUAUUAUGUGGUACCUAUGCCUUUUAAAUGUAACAAAAUCAAAUGAAAAUGUUGUGCAUCAAAAUGGUAAAAAAGACUGAUCAAUAUUUUUGGUGAUGCUAUAUGUCAACCAGUUGCUCAUGUAAAAUAUAAAUUCAAAUUAAACGAUUUAGCCAUAAAAUAA